AUGCGCAUUCCAUUGUCGCUCACGCUUUUCACGCUUGUCACAUCCUCCACUUUUGCAGCCGUCUGCGAAGUCAAAAGCGAUAAUUGUAGAGCUGUUAUCAAUGCCAGCGCGUGCUUCAACAAGUACAUGACUGGAACGAAUGUCAACAAUAUCUUAAGCUGUCUCACAGGAACUGAGGGGACCGCGACGAACAAGGAGAAGGUAGGCGUAGGAAAUGAGUGA